UGGAUAUUUUGUUAUUUUUCUGAAAGAAACUGAUGAGUAUUUUCGCCGAUACAGUAAUUCUAAACUCGCCCUCGAAAAAAGGGGAACAUUACCUUGAAUUCCGGCGUUAAUGGCGAGUGACACCGGCAACGAAGAGCGCAAGCAGCUGGCUUUGAACGCAUUGGAACGGCGUUUUGCCCUAGCUCAAGACGAGCUUCUUCAGCAGCAACAACCUAAAAGAAAGAAACCACUCCCCCAAGAAAAACCCAAAUUUACUACUUACAAUAACAAUAAUAGCACCACCAAUACCAAUACCAAUACCAGUUCUUCAUCGUAUGGAAACCCCAUCGCCACUCUGUCUUCUCCCAAUCACUCUGUCAAAAAAGAUAAUGAAACAAGCGAUCCAGUAUAUUCUUUUCUCUCUUAUCCCGUGCAUGAAAAUUUAGUAUCCACCAGCAUUGAGUUUUCCGAUAAAAAAGGGAGUGUGCCUGAUAAGAUUUUACAUGAACUUCUCCGAAAUGGCGAUGCAGCCCUGAAAUAUAAUCAGGGAUUAAAAGGCAAAAAGAUUGAUAAUUGGAUCUCUCUUGAGAAUGUAGAAAAAGGGUGUGGAGCAUAUGAUAGAGCCCAUAUAAAAGCUCUUAAUAGAAUCUCUAAGCGAUCUAAUAAGCACAUGUCCAUGAAGCAACAUAAAAAAUUUGGAUCCCUCUCCUUGCCUGUUGAUUCCCUAAAGUUUGAGAUCUAUAAACCAAUGCAUGAAAUGUGGAAAGGUUACAUAACACAACUUCUUAAAAAUCUUGGGAACAUUCAGGUGGCACAACGUCUACUCAGUGCAGACCUACAUGGUUCAAUUAUUUUGAUUGUUCAAAGUAAUGUAGCCUCUUUCGUUGGAGCAAAUGGUAUUAUGAUUCGGGAAACUGCGGAAACUUUUUCAAUAAUUACAGCGGACAACAAGUUACAUGUAGUGCCGAAAAAGGCAUCUGUGUUCAUGCUGCAAGCUGAUUGCUGGAAGAUUACACUUCUUGGAGAUGAGCUCAGGUCAAGAAAUAUGGGGCCUUGAGUAGCUGUCAGUUUCGUGAAGGAGGGAAGGCUGCUCGUAACUCGUCCCUGGGGGAAAGAAAACAGAGAUGCAUGAGUCAGCCUUUACAAGAGACUUGAAGAAAAUAGAAAGAAGGAAGCUGAUAAGCCAAUGAUAAGUAUGAAUCAACCUGCAUUUUCUUCUUCUUACAGAAAAACUUGUUAUACUAAAAUUGAAUUUGGUAACCUUGAUCCAAUAUAUUGUAAUUCAAUAGACUUCAAUUUUAUAUAAUUGAAUCACAUAUAAUAAUAUUUGAUUAUCUGA